AUGCGCCGGGGGUAUAAGCGGCCCCGGCAGCCGGCGGUGGAGCAGCGCCAUGGCCGGGCGGGGGAAGCUGAUCGCGGUGCUGGGGGACGAGGACACGGUGACGGGCUUCCUGCUGGGCGGGGUGGGCGAGCUCAACAAGCACCGCAAGCCCAACUUCCUGGUAGUGGAGAAGGACACGAGCCUGACCGAGAUCGAGGAGACCUUCCGGAGCUUACCUUGGCACCGCGAGGGGACAUCUCGGCACAUAUCCGUGAUCAACCAGUUCAUUCGCGGAUCUGAUUCCGCACGUGCUGGACGGGCACCACCCUCGCGCGCUCCCCCGUGCUGGAGAUCCUCCAAGGAGCACCCAUACGACGCCGCCUAGGACUUCCAUCCUGCGCCGCGCCCAGGCGGCAUGUUCACGGCCCGAGACCUCGCCUAGGCCCGCGCUGCCAUGGGCACUGCCCAGCGCCUCCUCCUCGCCGCCUGUCCCGGUGGGAGGCUGCUGCUGCAGUAGUUCUGGGUGAUGAAAAGCAUUUGCCCCCCCCUCUCCCCCCGCCCCCGGGUGAACUGCGGCCAGGCCCAGACUGGCUCCCUGGCGGCGGCGUCAAGGAGGGUAUCAGAGCUGGCCCGUGCCCUGUGUCUGGGCCCGCACCCCUUCGUUCCCCCAGAGCUCGGCUCCCCCUGCCCUCCUUUGUGCUGCCGGAUCCGUCUUGUCUUUUGUUCCUGUGAUGGUUGAGCUGUUACAUUAAAGCAGAGAAGCCCCC